CAUGAUGCCUCUUUGCAAGUCAACUCGUGUGCUCUGUAGCUGAUAGAGGUACCUCGGGCUGAAAUAUUAUAGCUCUAUUGUACUGGAGAACGUGGUGUGUGACAGCCCUGGGUUCAGCAAAUGGCCUGCUGCUUCGUAUCGCCACCCUGACGGGAGAGUGUCGCCACAUUGGCGUUCAAGCUGGCAGGGCGACACAGAAAUCAACUUUGUCUGUUUUUAAUGGACACGCUUCGAGCAGGGUCGGCGGCUGAAGCGGCGGUGGCGGCGGCGGCGGGCGGUUUGUUUUCCUUUCGUCUUUAUCUGUAGCUGCCCGCGUGAGCCCCCCGUGUGUCCCCCUGCUCCGUCUGGCUACCUCCUACUCUUCCACUAAACAGUCCCAGUCUGAACAGCAUGGUCAUGGCUGACAGUGUCCAGAAACCGCAGAUCCGGGGUCCGGUCCGAGUGGGCUUUUACGACAUCGAGCGCACUUUAGGAAAGGGCAAUUUCGCUGUCGUGAAGCUGGCUCGACACCGAAUAACCAAGACCGAGGUGGCCAUCAAGAUCAUCGAUAAGACCCAGCUGGAUGCUGUCAACCUGGAGAAGAUCUACAGGGAGGUUCAGAUCAUGAAGAUGCUUGACCACCCCCACAUUAUCAAGCUCUACCAGGUGAUGGAGACCAAGAACAUGCUUUACUUAGUCACCGAAUAUGCCAAGAAUGGGGAGAUCUUUGAUUACCUGGCGAAGCAUGGCCGUCUCAGCGAGCUCGAGGCCAGGAGGAAGUUCUGGCAGAUCCUGUCGGCAGUGGAGUAUUGCCACAACCGCAACAUUGUCCACAGGGACCUGAAGGCGGAGAAUCUGCUGCUGGAUGGCCACAUGAACAUCAAGAUUGCAGAUUUUGGAUUUGGGAACUUCUUCCAGCCCGGGGAGCCUUUGGCCACAUGGUGCGGCAGCCCACCUUAUGCAGCUCCAGAGGUCUUUGAAGGCCAACAGUAUGAGGGCCCACAGCUAGACAUCUGGAGUAUGGGGGUGGUGCUGUAUGUGCUUGUGUGUGGUGCGUUACCCUUUGAUGGGCCCACUCUGCCUGUACUUCGACAAAGAGUCCUAGAAGGAAGGUUUCGCAUCCCCUACUUUAUGACUGAAGACUGUGAGCACCUGAUCCGCAGGAUGUUGGUCCUGGACCCGUCAAAGCGUCUGUCUGUGGCUCAGAUCAAGGAGCACAAGUGGAUGGCUCUGUAUGUUCCUGUGCAGAGGCCUGUUCUGUAUCAGCAGUCGCUGUCUGCUGAGGGCGAGGCCGGCGUGGGAGAGUACAGCGAGCAGGUCCUCCGCCUCAUGCACAGCCUGGGUAUCGACCAGCACAAGACUGUAGAGUCUCUGCAGAACAAAAGCUACAACCACUUUGCUGCUAUCUACUACCUGCUGGUGGAGCGACUCAAAGCCCACCGCUGCAGCUUCCCCGUUGAACAGCGGCUUGACGCCCGCCAGCGACGGCCCAGCACAAUCGCCGAACAGACUGUUGUCAAGUCGACCAGCGGCACAGCUCAGGUGAGUUUGCUCCCACAAGGCGUCCGUCUGCUGCGCUCUCCCGCUGUGCCCCAGGCUUCCUCUGAUGCUUUCACCUUCCCCCAGACUGCAUGUCCCUUGGAGCAGAGCUUCAUGGUGGAGGAUGUCAACACACCUAAAGUGAAUGGCUGCCUGCUGGACCCCCUGCCUCCUCCCACUGUCCUCCGUAAGUCCUCCACCUCCUCGCCUAGCAACAUGAUGGAGACAUCAAUCGACGAGGGCAUUGAGACAGAGGAGCCUGACACAGAGGAAGAUCCGCCCCACCUGCUCUCAGCCUAUCAGACAGCUCGGUUUGGCCAACGGAGACACACCCUCUCUGAGGUGACCAACCAACCAGGCCCAUCCAACCAAGGUAAAUUAUUCACUCUUGGACACAACCCCUCCAUGGGCAGCGUGGACUCAGACAUUGGUUAUGACAUGGGCUCCAUGCAAAGUGACCUCGGCCUACUGGAGGAUUCCCCCUCUCUCAGUGAGGUCACCCCAGGGGUCAGCCCUGCACCUUUCAUGGGCACUCGACCCGCCAACCCAGCAAUGGCUGCCCUGACUUCACAGCAUCGAGAGGCACAUAACCGCUCGCCCAUCAGCUUCAGAGAGGGACGGCGAGCCUCAGACACCUCACUCACCCAAGGUCUGGUUGCAUUUCGGCAGCACCUCCAGCACUUGGCAAGGACCAAAGGCAUCCUGGAGCUGAACAAGGUCCAGAUGCUGGUGGAGCAGAUGGGCUCUGGGGAAGGGGCCACCAUUGGCCCCCUGGGACCACAGCACCACUUGCACAACCUCUUAGAGGGUGAGGCAUCCAAGCAACAGGAGGGCCUAGCUUUAUACCAAGGUGGGCCCCAUCCGCCUCUCCUGUCCCGCAGACAGAGUUUGGAGACACAAUACCUCACUCACAGACUACAGGCCAAUGUGUUGGCUAAUAGCCCCGCUAGCUGCCAGCUUUUCUGUAAGGAGACUCAUCGAAGUUUAGAGCAACAGCUGCAGGAACACAGACUGAACCAGAAGAGGAUGUACCUGCAGCAGUCGCAGGGCAUGGGGCUUCAGGCCUACUUCAACCAGAUGCAGAUAGCUGAGGGAUCAUACCCCCCAGGUAGCCCUGCUCUGGACCCAGUGGCAUCUCAAAGUUCCCCUCAGGGCCCCUCAAUGUCAGCUGCCCAUCAGCCUCAGCCCCAGCAGCAGGGCAGUCCUCAGGCCUCGCCCCCCUUCAGCCACGGCCUCACCCCGCUGAUGGAACCGGGCGAGGGUCUGGUUUAUGAUCCCUACAUGAGCCACCACCACUUCCCCCAGCACCUACCCCCUGGAUCUCACCUCCACCACCAGCUCCACAACCCGCAGCCUCACGAAGCCUCGGCCAGUGGUUUAGGCUUCAGCUUCCCUCCGGGCUGCGAGCAGCAGCUCCUAGGUCCUUCCGCCAAGGCUCUCCUCCCAGAGCAGUACGAGAUCCCAGCCUUAGACCCCACCUUGCUGCCCCCACCUGCUCCGGGAGAGGCUGAAGGCGGAGCUGUGGGUGGGGUUAUGGCUGGUAUGGGGCAGUCAGAGUGCCUGGGUCUGCCUGAGCUGCAGGGCUCCCUUCAGGACAGUGAAAUGAUGGAGACUGUUGACUCUCAGCAUGGUUUUGUACUGGUCAACUAAAACCAGCUGACAGGGUUGAAAGAGAAGCAGUAUUAAGCAAUGAGAACGCUCAGAGCACUAAGAGCAGAGAGAACGGAGAUGUUAGCGGAGGCCACAAGCGUAGCAACAGGGAAGAAAAAGGAGAGAUAAUUUUUGUACGACUAACACAAACUUUCAUUUCUUAGUUGUGAUGAACCUCAGACAACCUUUCUACCAAAUUCCUCCCUUAGCCUACCUCCCUUUCUCCCUCUCCUCUGUUCUUGUUCUCAUCAGCCACGUGAGGCGAGACAGGCCCCGUAUGUGGCGUAAAGCGAGCCUCGCCACACUGAUUUGGCGAGGCCGCUCUUGUCACAGACAUUGUUUCCCUGCUGUUAGGACUGCAGUGUGCAGCCCAGGGAGCUGCUGCACGUCCUGGAUGCUGCCGGAGUGCAGGAAGCAAAGUGAAGAAAGACUGACUGACGGGCAACCAAAAGGACAACGGCUGGCAGUGCUUUUUGUAUUUAAAAUAGGACACCAUGACUACAACGGACUGGUUCUUCAAACAUUUUGUGUUUUUUUUUGUUUUUGUUUUUUUUAUUUCAGUAGAUAAAAAAAAGCUGAACAAGAGAAUGGCCCUCAUUUAUCAUGGUACCAUAACUCUAACCACGAAUUCAACUCUUAACAGUGCUUUUUUUCUCCACUUUAUAGAAGUUAUUUUCACACUACUCUGACCUCAAACAUGAUGGUCAUAUUCUGAACUGCACUACCAUUCAAAAAACACCUUUUAUUGGUCUUUAGCUUCAAAAUGACUAAACAUGCUGUCCAGGAUGGCGAGAAUGCACAAUUUUUUUGAGUGACGCUAAUGCUAAAGCUAAGCGCUAGGACUAAGCACUCUUUAAAUGCUUUUUUUAGUAGAUAAUUUAGAAUUAAAAGUGAUAGCUAACACUAGCUGUGAGCUUUAAAACAGCCUGUGUGUCAUAACUCAUACUUAUGUUUUCUUUGUCUUUUUUUUAACUUGUUACUACUGAACCUGAUUUAUUUUUCACACUACUGAGCUGCUUUUCCUUCUCGCCGGUUUUUAUUCUGCCCAUAAAUGAAGGAUAAUAUUCAGAUUUUGCAGUCAAAAUAGCCACAUGUGGGUUUAAUAGUUGAAUUGUGGGUCAUGUGUCUGCCUGAUAAAUGAGGGCUGGUGUAAUUAACGUGUUUGGUCAAGAAGUAGCGGUGUUAGAUGGUCGAUAUUAUUCUAUUUUUGUGGCAAUACUGAAGCAAUAUUAUUAAUCCUUAAUGUGGAGGGGCGAUCACCUGUACAGCCAAUUCUGAUUGGUUCCCGGGGAUUUCUUUGAGUCGUCAGCAGUGACAUCACUCGAGCCGAUGAUGUAACCAGGAGAUAAUCUCUCACCCACUCUCCCCCUGGAUGCACAGGGACGAGCCUGGAGACAAUUGUGUGUAAAACGAGUGUGUGUGUGUGUGUGUGAGAAAGUGAGUGUGAUUUUUGUUCGUUUGCACAAUUCAUCCAUCAAAUUAGUCAAACUUUUGAUCGUCAUGACUAAAAAUGACAAACACUGUAUUAAUGUCUCCUUUAAAAUAACACAAACUGUGCUUUUUACCCUCAGUGCACAGUCAGUUGUAGCUUUUAGAUGAAUUCUGGUUGACAUCUUCAGUGCUCCAGUCAUGCCUCUAUGUUACCUUUCAUGUUCCUAAUAAUGGAGUGACCCCUAAAAGAUUCCCUGCAUUAGAUUUCAUGAACGAAUGUUUCCUCUCGGACAUUUGCAGACUGCUGUGAGGCAAAGACGAGCAGAACGUUGCACGCCUGACACUGGAUUUUCACUACAGGCUCUUCAGUGAUCUCUUUGACCAACAGCUAGCCUGCAAUCAGACGAGAGUUUUUUUUUUUUUUUUUUUUUACAGCACUUAGACUGUGUUCAAUCUACUUGAAGCGCACACAUGUAUCAACUCCAAUAGAUGAUGAUUUAUUGGGAAAACAAAGCAACUUUUCAUGGAACAACUGGAUGGCAACGUCAAAAGGUGUAGAUGAUGAGACUGUGACCAUCUGCCAGACUGCAUGACCUUCAGUGGUCGUGGGUUAAACUUUGGGAGCGCCUGUGGUCAGAUUGGCCUUCAUGCUGGACAUAGCAGAGCUUGCAAUCAGACUCUCAAACAGUGAGGGAUUACCUUUAUUGUUGCGGAUAACGAUGGAUUGAAAAUAUGGACCCCCUUUGGUUGCAGUCGUGAGCCGGAACAAAUGGAAAAAUCCACCCUGUGAUGCUGCAUUUCUUUAAAGAUUAAGCCUUAGGGAACCAGCUGCUACUUUAUUUUGCAUUCAUCAACUAGUAUUUGGUCUAAAAUAUGCAGGAAAAACUCAUAAAUGCCAUUAUUAUAGCAUUUCUUUUGUCUAACUAGCAGUCCAAAACCUAACAAACGGUACAUUUACAUAGACUUAGAAAAGGUCCAAUUAUUGUCAGUCCAACUAAAACUGGACUUUUUAAAGGCAGGCAAACAUGCUAGUCCAACUGAAAUCAUAUGAAAUUUAAUUUCUAAAAGUCAGACUAAAAAACCAAGAUAAAAAUGAUCAUAGACCUCAAUCUAACCAGUCGUUCUAAGCAUGCUCCACAGUCUCUGUGCUGGGCUAUGACCCAGAAAUUGAAUGGCUUAAAUGCUAAGCUUAGCCAGAGUUGGAUUAUCUUCUGCCUUCAGAUAUUACCAAAAGCUAGAGGUAUGGCGUUCAUUUGAUCUGUAUUUAAAUCCAAGCAUAGAGUGUGUACAAAUGUGCAGGACUGUGACAUUUUUACAACAGUUAGCUGCUUGCUAACUUGUCAGUGUCAACAGGAACAAGGUCCACUAGCUAUAAGGUGAGAUAUCACCGUCUGCCGUAGCAGAGUUUGACAUGUUCCUGUCAAAGACAGUAGUCCAGUCAAAUUGCCUAAUCUAGCUGUAAUUAUUGAAAACUAAGAAAUAGCUUUACUCUCAUGCAACACGUUAACUUUAAUAUGUUGUCCCAAAACAUGCUGCUUAUGUCUGCUGUGAGGCAGCUUUAACAAUACUACCCUGGUCCUUUUGGUCCAUAGUUUGCUAGUUUUUCAUUUGUAAAAAAUCUUAAGUCAUUGCUAUCUCAGGUUGUCUGCUCAGAUUCUUUAAAUGUCACUGACAGUCAGAGGAGAUCUUAUUGAAUUCAUCAACAAUGGCCUCCAUAGACCAGAAGCAAGACAUGUAGUAAAACAAGUCUGGUGGCAUCUUUGAUAGAUCCACCCUAAAAUCUACUUACUACUUGGUUUUGUUUAUAUGGUUGUACACCCACAUGCUAGAGACAAAAAUGAGCUCACACCCAGCUUGUAGGUCAUGUGGAAACUGUCCGUCAGAAACAGGAGGAAGUGAAGCACACGAGUGGAAAGCACUCACAACUUUAAAUAGUCAGUGUCAGUGUUAGAGGGUGGAUUUUUGCCUUUUUGUGAUUGUUUAUUUUGGUCAGUGGUCAGGCUGAGGUGCCUAUAGAUUGAUCUGUUGAAGUUGGAUACUGGAGCACUUUGAUGACGAGGGGAAGAGGAGAUGUAGCCGCAGAGGAGGAGGUGGAAAAGGUUUGUAUUGCUCUGCUGUUUCCUGGCAGAUGAAACAAAAAAACACAAUCUUUAGGAAACACCUUUCUCCUCUCGCUUUUCCCCCACCAAUAAUGGACACAAAACACAUUUCUUUCAAAGAAAGACCAGACACAGCAACACUUUAUCUGAUUGUUGUUUUAAAUCCAAGGUGGAGUUAACACUUUUCAGUUUACGAUGAGUGUUAUUUGUACAGAGUAGAGGUGUAGUGAAUCUUCGUCGCUGUGCGGAGGUUGAUUUUGUGUUGAACGUGACCGUGUUCAGUGUGCCUUUUACUUUUUCAAUCUAAAUUAAGAUUUUGAAUAGCACCAUUAUUUCUUUUUGAACCCUUUUAUCAUUUGUUUUUACUAUGAUUACGUUUUUCUUUUCUGUAUUCUUUUUUUUUUCCGAUAAGUAGAGCCAGGUUUUACAAAGGUACAAAACCAAAGUCCCUCAGAAGUUUCCCUGUACGACCCACCGUGUGGAGUUUUGGAGCUUCUCUGUCAGCUUCUCUACCGUGCUUUUUUUUCUCUCUCUCGUUGGUCAAUCAGUGUAUGCCAUUUAAAAGUAUUAUAGCAAUAUUUCUCUAGUUGAAGACUCAAGUCAUGAAGAUUCUAGUGGACGUAUUUCCAAGUAUCAUAAUUUCACCUCCUGCUGAUAAAACAUCAAUCUAUCAAUAGAAAUCCAGUUUUAUAUUUACCUUCAUUGAUGUUGACCACACAUAAGCUAACUUGCUGUUGAGAUUAAAAAGGUUUAUUGAACA